UGAAUAACCACAGAGAUAUAGUUUCAAAUCAACUACAUGUUGAUGUGCAAGAUAAUGUCCCACUAGUUGAAAACAUGUCUUCAGUUCCAGACCAGAAUGAUGAUAUGAACCAGGAAUAUAAUAAAGCUAGUGAAAAUGAACAUAAUGCUAAGAGGAAAAAAAGAGGUCCUACAUUUAUCAAAGAAAUUUGGGGCCAACCUAGCACACUUCCACGCAUUAAAAUUCUAUGUGAUGAUAUGGGACGUCCUAUAGGAACCAAAAAAAAUAAAUUUACUGAUUUCUUGGGUUCUUUAGCCAGAAAUGGUAAGUAUUGUCCAAUUGAUGUAGAAGAUUGGCAUAAAAUGCCAAUGGACAAAAAGAAAGAUAUGUUAAAUGUUAUAAAGGAUAAGUAUGACCUUCCUUUAGGAACAGAAAAUUGGACAUUAUGCUCAAUAGCAAAAAAAUGGAGAAAUUGGAAGUUUGAACUAAAAAGAAAGUACUAUGAUCCUGAGUUGUCAAUUCAAAUUCUUUUACAACAAAGAGAUGAAAGAGCUAAGUAG